AUGAUCAAGGACCUGGGUGGUCGCAUGGAGGCGAAGAAGGACGUGUCUGAAAUCCUCGUUGACAACAAUGUUGACUUGGCAAGCAUCGAGAGCAUGAUCUGGAGUCGCGCUCACACCGACCACGUUGGGCGCCCUUCUCUGUUUCCUCCGUCGACGUCCCUGGUUGUGGGACCGGGAAUCAAAAAGUCCUUCUACCCCGGUUGCCCAGCUGUCCAGAACUCUCCUGUCUUGGCUCGUGAGUUCAAAGGGCGUGAAGUCCGGGAGCUUGAAUUCAAUACCGGCUUGACCAUUGGUGGCUUUGACGCCCUCGACUACUUCGGCGACGAUCCGGACGAGACGCCUUUCUGCACGAUCCCGGAAACACCAUCGGGCCAGCCAAUACUCGCGCUAGGCCUUCAGCAGGCACGUGAUACUGUCAAGAAGGUUCAGAAAUUCGAUGCCGGCCCAGGCAUUUUUGUCAUCGCUGCCCACGAUGCAAGUCUCCAUGGCGUAGUGGACUUGUUUCCUCUGGAUGCGAGCAACUGGAAUGAGAAGGGAUGGAAACAGCAAGGGCAGUGGAAAUUUCUGCAUGACUUUGCCGGGUUACUGGAGACAGCUUAG